AUGCUGUGGUCACAAGUCACUAUUGUGGGACUUCUGUCCUCGACGACCUUUGCGGCCGUCCAGCCGAAGCAGCUCGCAAAGCGUGGUGAUUGUCGGGCCCAGGUAUUGAAGAUAGGUGGUCAAGAGUUCACCAUUCAGUGCGACGCAGACCGAGCCGGAAACAACAUUGGUUCUCCUUUGCGAAUCAGUGCCCCAGAGUGUGGCAAAGCUUGUGCCAACGACAAGUCUUGUGUCACCGCUCAGUACUCUAAUGGUUACUGCUAUAAGAAGAAAUCGCAGAACCAACUGAGCGUAGUCAAGGGCACCACUACCUACGACAAAGGCAAAGGCUGUACCUCUAAUCUCAAGGUCGGCGGCUGCAACGUAAAGUGCAACACCGAUAGCCCAGGCAACAAUCUCGACAAUGGACAAUACGUCGGCAGCUAUGCCGCCUGCGCUGCUCUCUGUGCUGCGAACUCCAAAUGUGCCACUGCGCAGUACAAGACCACGAACGGCUAUUGUUAUCAGAAGAGUAAGAUCAAUGGGCGCGGCUUCAGCCCGUGUGACUACACCAUCAGUCUUGUCUGUCCGAACAACGGAUACCCCGGGAGGUCGAGCUCAAGCACUACGUCAACGACGACAACUUCAAGCAGCACGACUACCACGACCUCCACAGGGAGUAUCCACGAACGUUCGUUUUGA